GUUUCGGAGCGAGCCAGGCGAGGGGGCUCUCUCUCAUCGAGAGCUUCCGAGAUAUUCUGGUGAGAGAAGUGGCAAUGGGAGACCAUCUGGUGUUGGAUGUUGACCGGCUUGUGAAGCCUGAGGCUGUUGAAUCUUUACAAGCAAUGAAGGCUUCAAAGUCUUCUGGAAAAGCUGUGCAUGGUUCACUUCCAUCUGUUGCUUCCUCUUCUGUGGUAGCUUCUGUUGGCGAUGAGGGGAAGAAGGAGUACUCGGGUUCUGAGGAAGAGGAGCCACUCAUUCAGAUGGUGGAGUGUCGCAUUUGCCAGGAGGAGGACAAUGUUAAAAACCUGGAGAUACCAUGUGCAUGCAGUGGAAGUCUGAAGUAUGCUCAUAGAGCAUGUGUGCAGCGUUGGUGCAAUGAGAAGGGAGAUAUAACUUGUGAGAUCUGCCAUGAGCAAUACAAGCCUGGGUACACUGCACCUCCUCCAGCUAACCCUGAUGAGACCACCAUUGAUAUCAGUGGAGGUUGGACUAUUACAGGAACCCCCUUGGAUCUGCGUGAUCCUCGUCUCCUUGCGAUGGCAGCAGCACAACGCCAUUUUCUUGAAGCUGAGUAUGAUGAAUAUGCUGCUACAAAUGCCAGUGGUGCUGCAUUUUGCCGUUCUUCUGCUCUGAUUUUAAUGGCUCUUCUGCUGUUGAGGCAUGCACUUACCUUCACAAAUGGUGAUGGAGAGGAUGAUGCUUCCACCAUAUUUUCUCUUUUUGUGCUGCGUGCUGCUGGGUUUCUGUUGCCAUGCUAUAUCAUGGCAUGGGCUAUAAGUAUUCUGCAGCGUCGAAGGCAGAGACAGGAAGCUGCUGCCUUAGCAGCAACUGAAGUGGCAUUCAUACUUCAGUCUGGACAACGGAGAGGACUGCAUUUUACCAUAGCACCCGAGUCACCAACAACUCCACAACAAGAGCCACAUGAGUAGAGAUCAGGUAAUAUAUAUCAUGUUAUUGUAUGAAUAAAUAUCAGGAAACCAGUUUAUGGCUGUGAACUAUCAAACUAGCACCAGUGAUAAGAGGAGAAUUGGAAGUCAUUUUGUCCUUUCUUUGUUCCUGUGCAUUUUGGUUUCUGUUUUGUGUUUCAAAAAGGAAUGUAGUUCAAAGAAUGCAUUCAGAGCUUUCAAUGUCACCCACAUAUUACG